UACGCAAUCGAAUACAUAAUCGUGCGCAUAACAUGAUUGCAAAUGUUGAUAUAUCUAAAUACGAUUAAAAAAAAAAAUCUUUAUUACCAACAUUAUCAAAUACAAAUCAAAUUAUCAAGAAAUGAGUGUUUAGACUUUUGAAAAACUUCGUUAAAAUUCCGGUGCUACUUAUCAUUUACAUUACUGUUACGAUUUUUUAGUUCUUUGAUCACGACCAACUAAAUCGCUUAGCACUUUAAAACCUCAUAAUUCAAUUUAGCUUUAUUUUUAAAAACUCUAUUUCAUCUAAACUUUAAGGUUGCUUUUGGGUUAUCAAUAUGAAACUAAUACGAUUUUGCGGAAAUAACUAACCUGUUCGCUUGACGUUUCUAUCAAAAGUUUCGCGAACAUAAAAUGAAUGUCUCUGGAAUUUUGUUCAAAUACCGAACGAGUGACGUUUGUCAACUGACGGCGUGUCAGUCUUGUUAGGUUGUCGCGUGGGCGGUGUGAAAUUCAACAUUUGUAUAAUAUUCGUUUAUUAUUUAUAAAUAGUGCUAUGUUACGCAUUGGUGGUUACGCGCUAAGAUAUGUUCGGGCCAGGAAUGAGCUGAAGAGUUUGAAGCUGGUUUUGGGUGAUGAUGACCUAGUAUCUCGGUGCCUCAGGGAGGCGAGUUUGGUGCCAGCGAGGCAGGCCAGUGCUAAGACUUGUCCCCCCGUCCCACCACAUGCCAACAAGAUUUUUAAAAAGGGAGAACCGCGAAGAUACUCGCCUUUCCAUGAGCCCGGGCAGUCAAGGAUGGAAUGGGUAGUGGCUCGAGCGGAUGACAUCCUCAACUGGGGCCGCAAAGGGUCCAUUUGGCCUCUGACCUUCGGCCUCGCCUGUUGCGCCUUGGAGAUGAUGCAUUACGCCGCACCUAGAUACGACAUGGAUCGGUACGGUAUGGUGUUCCGCGGGACGCCGCGGCAGACCGACGUAAUAAUAGUCGCUGGCACGGUGACCAACAAAAUGGCUCCCAUCCUGCGCAAGACGUAUGACAUGAUGCCCGAGCCGCGCUGGGUGGUGUCCAUGGGGAGCUGUGCUAAUGGUGGUGGGUAUUACCACUACACGUACAGCACUGUGCGGGGCUGUGACAGGAUUGUACCUGUGGAUAUCUACGUGCCCGGGUGCCCGCCGACGGCCGAGGCGCUCCUGUACGGGAUGCUGCAGCUCCAACGGAAGGUGAAGCGCAUGCGAGUUGUUCAGGCCUGGUACCGGCAUUAGUUCAUUGUUAAUACAUUUAUCAUAUGUGAUUUGUUUGGA